AUGGCAGACUCCAGCUCCGUUGAGAAGGGCGCCUUCGCGCAGGACUCUCCGGUUUCUCAUGCAUCGUCGGCCCUUCAUCCGCCGUUUGACCACGCUGCAGAACGCCAGCUCUUGCGCAAACUCGAUUUCAGGAUCCUGCCAACUCUAUGGAUUCUCUACCUUGUGAACUUCAUUGAUCGUGCGAACAUCGGCAACGCCAAAAUCCAAGGCAUGGAAAAAGAACUUAACCUCAUCGGCCAACGCUUCAACGUCUGCGUCUGGGUCUUCAGCCUCAGCUACCUCGUCGCCGGCAUCCCCCUACAAAUCGCUUUUAAGAAGUACGGACCGAAGAGCCUGUGCGUGAUGAUGCUGGCGUGGGGUAUCUGUGUCAUUGGGUGUGGUCUCGUGAAGCGUUGGGAGCAGCUUGUUGUCUGUCGUCUGCUAGAGGGCAUGGCUGAAGCUGCGUAUAUUUCUGGUGCUGCGUAUUUGAUUGGGGCGUAUUAUACUAAGGCUGAGUAUUUGACGCGGUUUGUGUUCUUUUGUACUGCGGGGAUUCUUGCUGGAGCUAUCAAUGGGUUUCUUUCGUCGUUGAUUGCGAAGAUGGACGGUACUGCUGGGUACGGUGCGUGGAGGUGGAUCUUCAUCAUUGAAGGCUGCAUCACCAUCUUCUCCAGUAUUGCAUGCUGGCCAGUGGUGCCACCAUUCCCCGAGGACAGUAGCUUCCUGUCGCCUGAAGACAAGACUCUCAUGCUGGCUCGUGUCAAAGCUGACGGAGGGCAUGUGGCUGAUGAUGAUAUCAGCUUCAAGAAGGCGCUGCACUAUCUGAAAGAUUGGAAGAUCUGGACUGGCGUUGCCAUGAACCUCGGUGUCACCGAGAACGCGAACUCACUUGCCAAUUUCCAGCCCACGAUCCUGAAGGGUCUUGGGUACACCGCAACACAAGCACAGGUUCACUCUAUCCCUGUGUACGUCGUCGGCGCCAUCUUUUCCGUGGUCUUCGCGUACAUGAGCGAGUACCUGCAGCGCCGUUACUACUUCUACAUCCUCGGCUGGGCUGUUCUCGCAUCUGGUCUUACUGUUGAGAUUGUCCACCCCGAGAACCCGAAGGUGCGCUACAUGGGCAUGUUUUUCAUCGCCUGUGGUUGCUACCUGGCCAUGCCCAUCUCGAUCAUUUGGGUAUCAAUCAACACAGGUAGUGGGUAUAAGCGUGCCGUGGCCAUCGCAGCUAUCAUCAACUUCGGCACUGCAGGUGCGUUCGUCAGCUCAAAUGUGUUCAUGUUUAAGGAAUCACCGAGAUUCCAUACCGGUUUUAGCACCGGUCUGGGCCUCGCAUGCAUGGGAGCUUUGGCUGCUACCAUCACGUGGCUUGGAUGCAAGCAGGAGAACAAGGGGCGGGACCAGAAGAGGGCUGAGCUGCCGGAGGUGUCGGACGAGAGUCUGAAGGAGUUGGGUGAUGAGCAUCCAGACUUCCGCUUCGCGUUAUAG